UCUCCAGCCUGGUACAGGAUCUUAUAGAGGUUGGGGAGAGUUUAUAGAGUUUUAUAAGUUAAGGGGAGUUUAAUAAGUUUUGUGGAGUUUAGGGAGUUUUGUGGAGUUUUGUGGAAUUUAGGGAGUUUUGUGAAGUUUUGUGGAGUUUAGGGAGUUUUGUGGAGUUUUGUGGAGUGUAGGGAUGCAGAAUGGAUCCCCAGUCAAACCUCCUGCUUCAAACCACGGGCUGCUCAUGGCUGAGUCCCAUCAGUCUGUUCCUGGGAAUUCCUCUAGAUCAGGUCAACUUCAUCAUGUGCCAGAUGUUCGGCCUGGCUGCCUCCUUCUGGUUCCGGCUGUUUCUCCAUCCUGAGCGGGUCGGUCCAGCCGUGCGUCACGCCAUCGCUAGCGUCUUGGGGUCGUCCUUCGUUAUAUUCUGCUUCGGCUGGUAUUCCUUGCACGUCUUCGUCCUGACGCUCGUCUCCUACGUCAUCCUCCACAGAGCAAGCACACACACUGUUCACUGGUACUCGAUGUUAGCGGCGAUGGGCUACCUCACGGUGUGCCAGGUCAGCAGGGUCUUCAUCUUCAACUACGGUGUUCCAGCCACAGACUUCUCAGGGCCACUGAUGAUGAUGGUGCAGAAGAUCACCACUCUGGCCUUCCAGCUUCACGAUGGAAAGUGCCGCAAGCAGGAGGAGCUCACUGCAGAACAAAGACGCCUGGCUAUAGUCACGCGGCCGUCGCUGCUCGAGUACUUGAGUUACACCCUGAACUUCAUGAGUAUCCUGGUGGGGCCGUGCAGCAACUACAGCGACUACACCGAGUUUAUCGAGGGACACCACGCUCACAACAAACUCAAACACAACCUGCAGCACAACGGCUACAGCGCGCACGCGGAACCCUCGCCUGUGCGAGCCGUGUGUCAGAAGUUGAUGGUGUGUGUCGGCUGCCUGUUCUGGUUCUUCAUCAUCACCAGAAGGUUCCCGAUCAGCUACAACGUCGACCCGCAGUUCGUUAACGAGGCCCCGAUCCUCAGCAGGCUGGCUUACGCCUUCGUCUCCAUCCAGGCGGCUCGGCCCAAGUUUUACUUCGCCUGGACUUUUGCUGAUGCAGUUCAUAAUGCAGCGGGAUAUGGAAUUAGCGGACUCGACCAGAAUGGCCGAGUGUCCUGGGACCUCGUCUCAAACAUCCACAUCUGGGAAAUCGAGACAGCAACCAGCUUUAAAUCGUUCAUCGACAACUGGAACAUUCAGACAGGGGCGUGGCUCAAAGGUGUGUGUUACAACCGUGUGCCAUAUUUCCAGACACCGUUGACGUUCGUGCUGUCGGCACUGUGGCACGGAGUUUACCCUGGAUAUUAUUUCUCCUUCCUCACAGGAAUCCCCAUCACACUCACCGCCCGUGCCGUCCGCAGGAAUUUCCGCCACUAUUUUCUGCACUCUCGCUCCGUCAAGCUGCUGUAUGACGUCAUCACCUGGACGGCGACGCAGUUUGCCAUCUGUUACACCGUCAUGCCGUUCUUAGUGCUGGCCGUCGAGCCGACGCUCAUCUAUUACAGGUCCAUGUACUUCCAUGUGCACAUCAUUAGCAUUCUGGCGAUGCUCGUGCUGCCAAGCAGACCCAGAAGGCCCGAUCUCCAUGCCCAGCACUCCAACAAUAACGUGAAGGGAAAAUAAAUACCCCGCCGUGUUGUGUGCGCGCGUGUGUGUGUGUGUGAGACUGCAAUGGCAUGAGGGCUGUACAAAGGACGCUCUGUGUGAGUGACAAAGCGAGCUGGAUCGGAGCGUAACCGCCUGCCGUAACAUGUCCUCACUCUCGGUUCAUGAACACACACACACACAAAUAUCAUGGACGAUGAUGGCUGAACUGCAACUAGCUAUCAUGAAGACAAGACAGACUCAUUAGAUCUCCACUAAGUUAAUUAAUAAUGUCGUUAAGUGUUUUUUAUUUUAUUUUAACCUUUAAACUUGCGGUGUUAAACAGGUUUGAGACCGGAGCAUUAAUUUUACGUUGAAUGUUGUCUAACUUUAUUUUAUAUAUAAAGAUAUACAUCAUAAUAUCACCUGAAUGUUUUACACACACACACACACACUUUUUAUAUAUAUUACACUGUAUGUGUGUAUGUAUGUAUAAUGUUGAGUUUGACUUAUUUGAGUGUUACUUUUUUUAAAGAUGUCUUUUUUGAAUAAAAUAAAGUGAGAGUUUAUAAAUAAACUAUUCAUU